AUGGAGGUGGCGGCGGCGGUCGGUGUCAUCGCUUCUGUACUUAUUCUUUACAAAGCGAUACGACCACGAUUCAAAGCAUCAGUUGAAUGUUGGUUCUGUCACACAACAACAAAAGUUGACUACAAGAAUCAAAACAGCUUCACCUGUCCAUCUUGUGAACAAUACAAUGGUUUCACAGAAGACGGUGACUACAAUAGGAAUAUUCCGGGUCAAACGUAUACAUCGCCGAAAAGAUUUUGUGAACCUCUGAAGCAACAACCAGAAAAGUCAAUUGGGUUUCUCAAUCGAUUCAGUGGAGUCAACAUGAGCCCAAAAUCCGCUAACGGCCUCUGUACGGAAUGUAAUUUGGGCCAGGAGGUUAUCAUGAAGAAGGUGGCUGAGUUCGAGCCUGAAGACGAAGAUCGAUGGAAUGAAGAGCUCGAGGAUUACCGUUAUAAACUGGAAAGAAGAUACCAAUUGUGUCCAAGAUGCACUAUUCAAGUUCAUGGAAAAUUGGAGGAAGAUAAGAAAAAGUAUUCAUAUCUUCUGGAAUUCAAAUACAAAUUGAAACACGCAAUUGGAUCCACACUGAAGGAAGUGAUGAGUAGUCAAAAGAAAUCACGUCGACAAUUCUUUGCCGGUGGAAGUGUUUGUGAAUCUUUGCAUUUCGGAUGUCUGAUUUCCUCAAUCAUUCUCUUCCUCGCUAACAUUGACUUUUUGCAACAAGAUGCCGGAGCUUCUCUCAUAAAUUUCCCGAAGUAUUUCCAAGAUCAGCUUCCUAUUGUCUUUGCACAUUCUUUCUUCAUCAACUUUGUUAUCUUUUCAACACAUCUCAUUGCUGCAUUCAACAACAAAUGCCGAGUCACUCUCCCCGACCUUCUUCUUCCCGUUCUUCUGAUAAUUGCCAUGCUAACUUAUCUUGCUCCAAACGAGAACCUUUCACAAGAUAUUGCUCUUAUCAGAGGUGCGUGUGCUUCUUUCUCUUCGAUUUUGUCAAUGGCCGUGACAUUGCUUCCCAGAAAGCGACUACAUAAGAAGAGACCGAACAAGAUCAUCUCCAGUGCUUUCUCAGUCGCCUCAACUCCAGUUUCUCAAUGUUCAUCUCAGAAUAGUCGAAAUGCGUCAUUGUUGGAACACGAGAAAACUAUUCUUGAAAGGUCUCGCGGAUCUCCUCACUCCUUUUCUGGAAGUCCUGACCGUCAGAACACGACGCCACCACUUCUUCGUGACAUCACCAAUGGUGCAAACUACUCGAUGAGAAGAAGGGACAACAAAGAGAAUAGUAUGGUGGAGUCAAUGGAUUGGGAUGACAGCAUAUCAACUGCGCAAUCAACACGUACCACUCAAAGUCUCUUCCGACCAGGACUUCUAUCGAGACAACAAGGUUCUGCUUUGACUCCACAGCAACUGGCACCUUCUGUCGCCAGUAUGAACCUAUUUGGAAGUUCAAGACAGUUUGAGUCUCCUACUCCAAGCAUCUUCUCGAGACAACACCGACAAAUAACUCAACAGCAGAAUCACACACCUACACCAGCCAGAUCGAUGGUCUUUGGAGCACCAAGAUCUAUGGUUGCGUCACAAAUGGAGAGAAACCAGUACAUGCCGCCAGAGACAAACACUCGACCUGGUUCAGUGUUCACAUCGGUCUCGCAACAAGACGGACACUCGGUGGUCAGCGGCGCGUGGCAGUGUCGCGUCAUCGGAAUACUAUUCGCCCUCGUUUUUAUCGUACUCAUCAUGCAGAUCGGACUGUUCUACGUUCUUUUCACCCGAAACUAG